AUGACGCCGUCUCAAGCAGACUACCUGGAUUCGCUUCCAUUCACUUUGACAAUACCCCACCGUAGGGUGCUUGUGGUCCAUGCUGGUGUUGUUCCCGGAAAUCCUCUUCCUGAGCAAAAUUUGGUAGACCUGUACCAGAUGCGGGACCUAAAAAAGAAGGGACACAGUUGGGUUGCACUGGAGUUGGCAACAGCUGACACAACGGCAUGGGCGAAGGAAUGGAAAGGCGAGUACCACAUUUUCUUUGGGCAUGACGCCAAGAGGAGGCUACAGUUCCACCGCUAUGCCACAGGACUUGAUAGCGGCUGCUGCUAUGGUGGGCAAUUGACAGCCUGCAUUCUACCGAGGACUGCGGAUGUUUCUAGAGACAGCUCUGCGGGAGCCACUAGAGAAGCAUUAGGUGCCGAAAUGGUUUCAGUGCAAGCGAAAAAGGACUACAGAGAAAAGUAG